GUUUUGACUAUUGGAGGAACCCAAAUUACUAAGAAAAAAAUGGACGACGUAAACAGUGACUAUGAUGUAAACAAAUUUACCUAUAAGAGAAGAUUAGACCGAGCUCCUGACAAACAGUUCAAGAAGUUACAAAUUAAUGAUAAAGUAGCUGUUGGUUCGUUAAGAAAAGCAUUGGAAGAAGCCAAAUUUCGUAUUAUAAAAUUGAGAGACGAAAACGAUGAAAAAGAGUGUAUAAUUGAUGAAGAAAAAAUGCUUAGGAAAGCUGCGGAAGAAAAAUUGCAAACAAUUCUUGUAGAUCUGUACAACAAUCCAGAAGUGAACUUAGAACUGCAAAAUCGUCUACCAAAAGCUAAAAAGCAUAUGAAUCAUGAAUUUCAGAAUCCUAGUUUGAUCAUAGCUAGUAAUGAGAACAUUCAAGUGAAGGAUGCAUCAAGACCUAAAGUCAGUGCUGCUUUCUCUGAUCCUAACAUUCACUCUUCUGGUGUUGCAGAAUUUAGUGAUGAUUUCAAGAAGCCUGUUGAGAUAUACAGAGAGGAGUUCUCUCCCUCACAUGGCAAUUUGAUAGUUCAUUCCAGAGAAAUGUCUAAUGAUAGCUCACACCAAUUACAGUCAAGUUCUGAGAGCUUGGUGUCACCUCAGAUGACACCUGGCAUGCCACUAACUCAUAGCUACGGCAGUAUUUUGUCAACCAGUCUUAGCAGUAUGGAAUCUUCAUCUUAUCAAGCACUUCCUUCAUAUGGGGGUGUUGUAUCUGAAAGAAACUCAAGGGACACAAAUCCAUACUUAAAUAUACCACUAGCGACAUCAAGAGAUACAUAUACAUAUCCAUCAAUGAUGUCUAAAGAUACAAAGGCUAACCAACCAGGAAAUGAAAACAGAAUUCAUCCUAACUCAGUUCAGAGCCAGACAUCUGUACAUUCCCCAUUGAAUCCAGACAUGCAACACAACAGUCAGCCCUAUGUCCAUUCUAAUGUCACAGAUGGGCAAACAAUUAGGGUCCAAAGUCUUUUAUCCCCAGCUCACGCUGGUCAGUCUUACAAUCCUGUUACACCAAAUCCCACUGGUCAUUCUCUCAAUCAAGUAAUGCCCACUAUUGUUCAGCCAUCUUAUCAAGCAGCUUCAGCUGCGGUAGAACAGUAUUCCACUGUUCCAUCUGUCCCUAAUUAUCUUGGUCAUUCCCAGACAUACAAUUAUAAUGAACCAGCUUUGCAAAACAUCAGCCAGUCAUCUUAUAAACCAACUUCUUUAUCUGGUGUAGAACAGUACUCAGCAGUUCAUCCAUCAGUGUUUCCCAUCUCCUCAUCAUUGGCCAGCAAUACAGGUCCAUAUUCUGUGAACCAAACUUUCUUUUCAAGUCACAUUGCUCCAGGUACUAACAACCCCCUCUCUGUUUACAAGUCUAAUCCUGCUAACUCCUUGCCUCCUCACAAUACUACUGCUAAGGACUGUACUCCACCUUUUUUCCCUGUUUCUAAUUCCUUUUUAACUUCCUCUGCCAUCCCUGUCCAUAACACCUUUUUAACUUCCUCUGCCAUCCCUGUCCAUAACACCUUUUUAACUUCCUCUGCCAUCCCUGUCCAUAACACCUUUUUAACUGGUCAGAAUUUGAAAGGUCAAAAUGACUACAGUACUGCUUUCAUACCUGUCACUAGUUCAUUACUAUCAUCCAUUCCUGCCCACCCUACUGCCUCCGCAUCUCAGAAUUUAAGAACUUGGGAAGCUGUUCAAGUGAGCAACAUGACAAGACUUCUGGCAGAACUGAGCACUUUGAAAAAAGAAAAUAAUGAGCUGAGAGAGGAGUUAAAGAAAGUCAAACAAGAAAAUGAAUUGUUGACUAAAGGACCAAAAACUGACAAAAUAGACAGCUUUGAAACUGUAGGGGCCUUAAUAGAAGAUGUGCGUGCAGCAGAAAAGAAGCACAGUGAUGCAGCCAAGUUGUUAGUCCAAGCAGCUGAUGAUGACAAGUUGGCAGCAUUGAAAGAGCUGGAAAUAAUAAAAUCUGCUAAAAAUUUGAGGAGAACUUUGUCAGAAAGUGAUAUCUCUGAAGCUGAUAGCUAUACAACAAUGAGGAGUGAAUCCAAGGGAAGACAAUCUAAGAGCUCUGCUUCAUCACAAGUGCCUAUAGAACAUUUGAUCCGAAGACAAAGGGAGAUAAUGAAAGAAGAAAUGCAAAGAGUUAUAGACCAAAGAAAUGAAGCCAGACAAAAGGUUCUGAAACUGGAAAAGAAAUUAUGUAGUCUAGAGAUGGUUAAAUCUUCAGAGAACAACAAUGAUAUGCUGAUGGCCAAGUUGAAGGUGAUAGAAGAAGAAAGAGAUCUUCUGUUGGCCAAGUUUCAGUUCUUGAUGCAAGACAUUGGUGAGACCAAGUUGGUAUACAAUCUCCACAAAGCACUGGUGUCUGAUGAAGCAGCCAAUGACAUCAAUACUUACCAGUCUUACAAGGAAGCAGAUACCAAUGUUGUUAACAAUAAAGUGAAAGCUCAGCUGGCCAAGGAAUCAGAAGGUAAAAACUAUCUCGAGACCAAAUUAACCAGUAUGCAGAAAGAAAAUUUGGCCCAAGCUGAAUGCAUUGAAAAGUUGCAGCAGGUCAUUCAACGUCAACGUCACAAGCUAAACACUCUCUGUGCUGGACCAAUGUUAAUCGAGUAACAAAUCCAAAUAAUAUUAACGGAGUAUUAAAGGGAUAAUGUAUCCAAAUGAUAUCACAAACCGUACAUUAAGUGACGUUUCUACUUUUAGUUCUCAAUAGAUUGACUUGCAGCAUAGUUGCCUGAGAUUGAUUUACAGCAUUUUUGCCUGUUUAAAUCAGAUCAUUUUGAUUUGCUGAUUUUGGUAAUGAGAAGUUGUAAAAAAAUUUUGUUAUGUUUUGCCUUUUAAUUGUUUUUUUCACCAGAGGUUGUCAGUGAAUUUUGUUUUUUUAAUUUAAAUUUCAAACUUUCAAACACUUUUUUUUUGGGUUCUGUAAUUUGUUGUAGAUUUAUUUUGUUUAAAUAUUUAUUAACAAAUAACAUGAUAACACUAAGUAGUGCUUGUAAUGAAAGUGAUAUAGAAGAUGCAAAAUUAUUAUGUGGCAAGAUUUAAUGAAGAGAUUUCUUUAGUUAUGUAAGGAAUAUGCAAUUGAUGUAAGGUGUAUUCAACUGAAUCUUUAAAGUAAUCAUAUAUUUCAUCUUAGUCCAAACCUCCAGGACUACAAAAGUGUUGUUGUUUUUUCUGAUGUUAUGCAACUUUUUAAUUUUGAUAAAUUGUAUAAUAAAAAAAAAAAGAAAUAUUUAUUACCAUUAGUUAAGAGUAAACUUCCUUUUGUAAGAUUAGAGAUAGCUUUUAUCUGUGAUGAAUUUAUGAAUUCAUUUACUAUUGUGCAAUAUCUUCCCCUGUUUUCUUUCUGUCACAUGAACUAUAUUUUUUUUUUCAAUGAGGUGUUCACUUGAUUUAUAUUUUAAAUGUUCAUAUCUACACACAUUGUGAUAAAAAUGUGACAUUGAUUUUUACCACCUGCUGAACAUGUCCAACAUUCCACAUCUCUCUCUAUUUUUUAUAUACUUUGUAUCUUUAUAAACCUUAAUAUUACCUGCCACACUUAAGUUCAGCUUUAUUUAUUAUUUAAAUAAUCAUAAGUUUAAGUUAAAAUACAUCAGUUGGCCUUGUAAUAUUUGCUUAAUUAUUUUAUUAUAUAAAUACAGAUCUAUGAUCAGACUCCACGGCCUUACUUUUGUUAGGAAAUGAGAUUUUUUUUAAGAUGUCAUAAAAAUUCUGUGAUCACAUUUUAUUAUUUAAAUUAUUUGGUGGUGACCAGAUGACUUACUGUGAUUUGAUGGUUUCCUAAGAAUGUUUUCUGCUUGUACAGUGUGUCUGUGAUUUGUAGAAACUUGUGUAUUAAUUCAAGGUUUGACUUUUGUUGUCAUGAAAAUGUUAAAACUUGAAAAAGUCCUACUUCCCUUACAUUUUCUUAAAUAUGUUUGACUUGACAAAGAGUGUAAAAAAAAUAGUCAAUUGGUUUAGUCCAGGGGUGGGCAAAUUAUGGCCUGCGGGCCACAUAUGGCCCACCAGAGUGUUUCUGUGGCCUGCAGACACCUACAGAAAUAAGGUGUGCCCACAGUAUAUACACAUAAAAAUGCGAAUAUAUUAAAAAUGAUUAUAAAUAAAUGAUUAUAAAUUAUUGAAACUGUCUCAUUAUAAAAAGUUGUCAAGUAAAGGAAGAUUAAGCUAAUUGGCUAUACUUCAAUAUUCUCACUUUAAGACACAAUCUCAGGCCAGUAUUUAUUCAAUGCUAUGAAGAACUGUGUUGAGUGUUGGGUAUGC